CAAUAUUUCAGCCCUAUGUACAGUGCACAAGCACGAAACGCGACAAAACCAGAACACUGGGGUACAAAUCAAAGAAAGUGUACACUGCACGCGCGUUUGGUGUAAGGAUGGCGUUCAGGCUUGUCGCGUGCGGUGUAGACGGGCUGUUGUUAGCUGUAGCUCUUUCAGCUGCAUGCUUAUGCUGGUUAGCCCCUUCAUCACUCAGUUCAAUAAAACAUUUUACUUUGCUUGUACACUUUAGUUCUGUCUUGUGUAUGCGUUAGCAGAACGAGAUUUUCGUAUUUACCUACAUAGGUUUGCUUAAAAUCGCACUAAAGUUUCCCUGCCCAACUCAUUCGUGUUAGUUAGCCGUUAGCUGCUAAUGGAGUCAUUUAGACUGAGAUGUGUUUGGUAAUUGUGAUAGAUUAGCCCGAUUUGAUAAAACAAGUUACAUUUGACCCAGUUUAGCUCCGAAAAAGAGGCAAACAUACCAACCAACGUGAAACCGAAGUACCAGUGUGCCCAAACUUGCUUUUAAUAAACAAAAACAGAAUUUGGUUGAAUUGUUCUCCAUCUCCAAGGAAUUUCAGACUGAGGAGUCACCAUCGAUUGAUUUUUAAUUCUGCUUUAUUUUACACAACCUUCAAGACACUGAUUAUAGAGAAAAUCUUUAUUCCUUUGUAGUUCAUGCCAUAUUGUAGUUAUGUUAUUCAUGGUACCUUAAUUGUCAUGAUCAAAUUUUUAGAUUUCUGGAAUUGCUUGUGAUUUUAAAAUGGCUGGCACAAUGAUUGUUAUUUGAAGUUAUUGAUAUAAUUGGUGCUUUUGUCAGGAUUUAUGUCUAUCAGGUGCUGACAGUCAUAAGGUUAAGCUUUGGUCUCUUAAAUCUCCAAUGACCUGCACAGCAUUUAUUGCCUUGAUUUGAAAGAUAUCUGAUAACCUCUGGUGGUAUGAAAACCAAUGCAUUAGAACUGAAUGAGGUCAGGUUACAAAAAAGUAAAAUUCUUAGAUUUCUCUUAUUUAUUUUGCCUUGCCAAUGAAAGCAGCAUUGUAAUUAAAAUGUGCAUAGUUUAGUUUAAGCCUUAUCACAUGAUGGUGUGUCAUAUAGCCUACACAAUGUGCGAAAUUUCCUAAGUCAUCAGCCAUUUCUGGUUAGCCAGUAUAGUAAUCUUGUUACAGAAAUCAGUUAUAAUAAUGAAUCACUUAUGAAGAUAAUUACUUACUCCUAAUGAAGAUAAUUAAGCAUUGCACACUAUUUACUAGGGAUGUGCAAAAUUAAACAUUUUCAUAAUCGACUAGUUAGUUGGUUGUUUGAAGGACUAGUCAGUGUUUAGGAUAAUAAUAUAUAAUUAGGCUCCGUUAUGGUCACGAGACCCCGAUCAAAUGCGGGAUAAGAGGGAUAUACAGCCGCUAAGCAUAGCACUUCAACAUGGUAACUAACAGAUAUUCAACAAAUAAAAUGGCUAAAUAACUAUAACAUCUUUUUGCACAAAACUAUCAAAGUAAGAAAUAAGAAAGGCUCCAAUAAAGAAAGGCACAAAACUGCUUAUGCGCAUCCUGAACGCAGAAUGACACGCUUCAAUAUAACCAGAGUGCUUCAGGGUGAUCCUCACUGUGCAUUCAAAAGCGCAGAACUGCAAGAUAAUAUUGCAUGUACACAUCUAGUUUACGACAUUGAGCAGUUUAACCUUUUUAACUGCAAAUAUUUUUUUAAGCAGCGUCAGACAGAAUCAGAAAAAUGCCAUAAUCUCUCCACAGCACCUCACAAAUAUGGGAACAUUACUUUCAGUAGAGGAUUUAAAGUAUUAGUUCACACAAAAAUAAAAAUUCCCUCAUUUACUCACCCUCAUGCCAUCCCAAAUGUGUAUGACUUUCUUCAGCAGAACACAAAGAUUUUUAGAAGAAUAUUUCAGCUCUGUAGGUCCAUACAAUGCAAGUGGAUGGUGAUUAGCACUUUAAUGCUCCAAAAAGCACAGACAAUCAUAAUAAAAGUAAUCCAUAUGGACUCCAGUGGUUAAAUAAUUGUCUUCUAAAGCUAAAUGAUCGCUUUGGGUGAGAAACAGAUCAAUAUUUAAGUCCUUUUCAUUAUAAUUGCUUGCUUCCUGUCACUCUCCGAUGUGUGUCCACGAGGGGCCUCUCGCGUGUUGUAAGUGCGUUGGCAUUUUCACGUGAGAAGUGACACGAUACAAUUGGAAGUGCAGCUCGAUUUGUUUAAAAGAUAACGUUGUUCACAAACUCCAUUGGUUUUGCCAUCAUUUGAACAUGCCGGCGUGCUUGCGUCACGCGAGAGGCAGCAUGAACCGAGUCCCCUCUUGGACGUUAAAACCACAACUAAAAACUUUAUUCUUAGUAGUCGACACCACUAAUCGACUAGUCAAUUGUUGGACGACUAGUCGAUUAGUCGACCACCGUAGCACAAUUCUUUUUUUCUAUUAAUUGCUAAUUAAUUACUUGGUGUUUUGUGGCUUAAAUCGUCCAGAAUAUUCAGGCUCAUAUUUCUUGUGUCUUCAUAGCAUAUUUCAUCAUCUGAGCUGAAUGAACUUUGGCCAGUUGAAGACCCAAACAUGAGUAUUAUCCAGGACAAGCUUGGCAAUGAGUUUUUACGGAAUGGAGGCACAGACCCCAACUUCUCCCCCAGCAUGAUAAUGUUUAGCCAUUUACCUCCAGUCACCAGUUUCACGCGGCUGACUUCGCAAACCAGCAUGGCGGAUAUGCCUCAGGAGAUGAUCCUAAAGAAAGAGCGUGACUCUCCUGACCAUGGCGGUUGCUUUCUCCAUAGUAUGGGUAUCAAACAGGAGAAGCUCAAUGAGUUGGAUUACCGCCUCCCAAUGUAUGCAACAGGAUCCGGAACAACAGGAGGAAAAAGCACUGAUAUGCUGGACAUGUCUCUCAGCAACCACCAGAAUAUGCUUCUGCAUGACCUAAGCCUUAGCAACCAGUUCUCUGACAGACUAGGGAAAGACCCAAAAGAAUCUGGUCCUAGAAGAGGGAGGAGGGCUAAUGGAGAAGGACCAGAGGGCAAAGCUAGAAGGAAACAAGGGGACUCUGCAAAGUCACUCAUGCUAGAUGGGGAUGCUGGGCCCCUCUCUCCCAACUCUAAACCGCACAUAUGUGAGCACUGCAAUGCAGCCUUUCGCAGUUCCUAUCACCUGCGCAGACAUGUGCUCAUUCACACAGGUGAGAGGCCUUUCAGGUGCAGUCAGUGUAAUAUGAGCUUCAUACAGAAGUAUUUGCUGCAGCGGCAUGAGAAAAUCCACAGUGGGGAGAAACCAUUCAGCUGUGACCAGUGCAACAUGCGCUUUAUUCAGAAGUACCAUAUGGAGAGACACAAAAGGACACACAGUGGAGAAAAGCCAUAUAAAUGUGACACCUGUCUACAGUAUUUCUCACGGACAGAUCGAUUACUGAAGCACAAGAGAACCUGUGGAGAAGCCAUGAAGAAAGGUCUGGACCCAGGAAUGCUGGACCUCGGUGACAAGGAAGUGGGACAAGGUAGCUACCUACUGACUCAGGGAAACACCAGCGCCCCACCACGCAAGAAGGGCAAGUCCAAAUGUGGCAACGAGGGAGGAGAGCAACGGAGGAAGAAAGGAGCAGCUGUGGGAGGAGGACUCCGCCCACAGGACUAUACCAUGAACAUCCCCAGUGGAUCAGGGGCGUCUUCCUCAGGGGGUCUUGCUGAGACAAGCAUGGACAACCAGCAUGGACACACACCCAAGCUUGUCUUUAAGAAAGGUGGUCGCAAGGGAAUGGAUAAGGGUCCAGUUUCUAUGGAGGAGGCCAACCAGUGUCUUCAUGAACAGAAGCUGCUGAUGCAGAAGCAAGGCACUCUGGACAUGUCUGGAGCCACAAGUAUGGACAGUCUUGGCCUCCUCCAAACCUCCAGUGGCCCCAAACAGGGAGGUACCAGCAGCAACUACGACGAUGCAAUGCAAUUUUUGAAAAAGAGACGAUACCUGCAUGCUGCUAACAGCAAUGACUUCAGCUCAGUCCACCUUCCUCAGCCAACGGUCAUCCAGGGUGGCAUAGGAGAACCCACACUGGCCUUGCUCGACACCUCACCUCUGGUUAGUGUUGACAAGCAUGACAAGUCAGGGAUCCCAGAUGAGGUGCUACAGAGCCUGCUGGAUCACUACAGCCACAAAUCUGAUGGCUCUCAUCAUGAUGUGACAUUUGAUCUGUACCAUGUGGAAUUGCAGCAGGCCUCAGCCACCUCUGAUCUUGGCCAGGAUGAGGGAUCCCCUAGUGGCUCUGGAGACAAGAGUGGGGUGAUGAAUGAGUACUCCAAGUUCUUGCUCCAGACCCUGGAGAGAACCAGCCACAGCAGCAGCUUUGCUUUGGGCCCAUGUGGUCCUUUCGCAGGCCUCCUGUCAUCUGGUAGCAGCCCUGCUAGCACACUCUUCUCAGACAAGAGCAUCUACACCACCUCCCCAAUGGAGUGUGGAUUCGGACAGUCCGUUUCCUCCCCUCUUGCUCCUUCCACCUCAUCUUCCCUAACCAAGUCUCAUUUUGGAAUGCUGGUUGGGUCUCCAUCACCCUCCCAUGCCUCACCAUCCUCCCAACAGGGCUUUCAUCUUGGCGGCCUGGAGCCAGCCACACACCAGCAGCUUACCCCAUCGCAAGAGCUCACUGAUCAGCUGGACAAGCAGCACUCCCCGUCGUACCCUCUUACAACUCAGGAGCUGACCAACAGCAGCAGCCAGAAAGACCAGCAGACCAAGAAUGGCAGCUCUUCGGCCAAUAGCAACAACAGUGGCACUAAUGGCAGCUCGUCUAAUGGCUCCGUCUACCCUUUGGCCCCACCUCCUGACCUUGCUACACUGGAAUCCUCCAAGGAAGGGGUGGACAUGCGUUCCACCUACCAGAUAGAGAACUUCGCCCAAGCCUUUGGAUCUCAGUUCAAGUCUGGUUGCCGGACCCCGCUAGGUUAUGGCGGUGACCCACGGGUAGGCGAAGUCGACCACAGAAUACAGCGGACUCCCGUGUCAGAAUUCUCAGGGUUUACUAGUCUGUUAGCAGAUGUCAAUGAGCCAGCUAGCUCAGGAUCCAAAACCUCCACAAGCCAAAGCUACAGGUAAGGGUUGAGGUUGCUCACCUAACCCUGUUGUGUGAGAUGAGGACUUUCUCCAAUGCUUCCCACUUCUCACCGAGUAAAACUUUAAUUAUUACACUGCCAUUAAAUGUCAACUGAAGACUUUACCAGGGAAGGUCUACAAGACCUCAGAUGCAAUUUUUCAUGUUCUUCUUUUUAAUGUGUUUUAGUCAUUUGUUUUAUUAGUGUAGUGCAGUGUUUCCCAUUCCUGGCCUGGAGUACCCCCAACACUGCACAUUUAGAUUGUCUCCGUUAUUUAACACACUUGAUUCAACUCAUUAGCAAGUUAGUAGAGGCACCAUGAGCAGAAUUAGGUAUCAAAUAAGUGUGAGAUCUAAAAUGUGCAGUGUUGGGGGUACUCCAGGACCAGGAUUGGGAAACACUGGUGUAGUGGAUGUAAGAAUAGAUUUAAAUGAAUUUUCAGCAAAAUUAUAGUGUAGACUUGUUUGAUUUUUCAAAAACCGUGGAUGUCUUAGCAAUCAUAGUCCAAUUGUAAGAUUAAGUUAAUAAAGAUGAUUUACAAUAAUAACAGAUAUCAGGGAGUGGCCCAGUAUUCAACGGCAAAAAUGUAUUGUCUGUUACAAUAAUCUAAAGUAUUACUCAGGAAAUUGCAUGAACUUUUUUUUAAUGAGGUGCACUGGCACCCCUUUUUUACAGGUGUACUUUGAAAUGACAGUGAAUCUUUUAUUUUGAAAUUCCUUGAGGAGAAAGACAAGCUAAUUUGGAAUCUGCUUGUUCGGCUUAUGACACUGGUGACUCUUCACUACUUCAUGGUACUUCUAAUCUCAAUGUGAAAACACUUGCAUACUUUCAUCACUAAGGGCCAUGUUAAACACAUACACACAAAACAUACAGUUAUUUAAGUAGACAGAUAGAAAGAUUCAAGCGUAUGUAGAUAUUUAUUUGUAGCUACAUGGAACUUCAGUACUAUUGUCUCAGGGUGAGCAGUAAUUCUUAUCCCUUCUUUAAACGUUACUUUUUGUCAGCUGACAACCCUUUUAUCUCUCAAGGAAUCAAAUAAGCACUUUUAUAAACCAUUGAAAGCAAGAAUUCAGAUUCAGGACUCAUAAAACAAUUAUUUUUUGAUGAAGAAAGCUGUGAUUUUAAAAGUGGGGGAGGGAACGGCAGCUUUGCCAUAACAAAGGGCAUUUAAAUUUUUGUAGAGUAAUUUCCUGUAUGGGUGAUAUUAUUUUGUUCCUCUAAUUGAAAAUGCUGUUACUGAACAUGAAUGCCACUUUUUAUUGUUGUGAGUCCUUAGGCUAAAAACAGGUUUUGCAAGUGUUCAGCUAUCACAACUAUUUGACUUUGGGUGAGUAGCAACAAUUGGAGUUCUACCUCUUAACGUGUAAUAAAUUGAUUGCCUGACAAAAUUGCAAGCGUCCCUUUUAAUUGUUGCAGGGAGAAGAACUAUAUUUGGUUUUGAUUGAGCAUUACAUUAGGAAUGAAGCUGAUUACUAGGAGAAAAAAAAAACUUUUGAGACUAGGUAUUUCCUUCCAAAUGCAAUAUGUGAUGCCCUUGGAAUGAUUGGUGGGCAGCUUUGUCUUCCACUGUUUGUGGUUUUUGGCCCAUGCAGCAAGACUUUUCUCUGUCCUGUGUGAGGUCGAUCAGUGGUCCUGCCCUGUUUUUUUUUUCCUGCCUUUUUCAGAGUCCUGUCAUUUAGAAAUGCCAUAGCUGUGAUUAACAAAGUCUGAAUGCUGCACUCCAAACUUGUUCCAUGUUUUUAUAGAAAGACAAAAAAUAAAUAAAUAGGAGAAUAGGAUUGACCUUAAUAUACCUCAUAUCAUUGUAAAAAUGAGAAAACCAGGGACAUGUGUUUCAUGUAGUGGAAAUAUUGUAGUAUGUGUCAGCUUAUUGUAUAUCAUAUAAUGCCGCCUGUGUUUACAGUUCAAGCUGAUUUUUUUUUUUUUUUUUUUGGAAUACAAAUGUACUUCUUUUUGUUGUUGUUUUAAACGGUGUUGCCAAGCAGUGUUUCAUUGAAGAAUAAUCCCUAGAAUUUUAUGAUUUUGUCUCCCUUUAU